AUGUUGACCACAAUUAGCAGAAGGUUUGGAAUGCUCAGCCUUUCAAUCUAAAGUGAGCCAAGUUUGCUGCUUAUUUACAAGGGAGGCCUUUUUUUUAGGGAUAUGCAAUGUUUGUCAAAUAAUUAUCAGAUUUUAAAAAACCUAUUCACAAAUUUUAAAUUUAUUUAUUAAAUGUUUUAAGGUUUUUCAAACAUCUAAAAUUUAGCAGAAUAACUGUAAUUUUAAUUUAAAUAAUUAAUAUUUAUAUAUUAAAGCAUCACAUUAAUUAUGAAAGGUAUUAAUUUUCCAAAUAUUAUUAUUUCUAUUAUAUUUUUCUAUGGAGUGGAGUCAGCAAAUUUCUUUGGACUAUUGUCCCCUUCAACCACAGGAGUUAUUAUUGGAGGCUAUCCACCAGGCCGCGAAAUCCCUGACCAUCAACCAAUAACAAGAACUGACGAGAUUUCAAAGGUACAAUCAACCACUCUUCCUAAUGGUGUUCGCGUCGUCACCGAGAGCACCAAUUUCCCAUCAAACGUCAGAUUCGGGGUGACCAUCAACGCAGGCACCCGCGAUGAGACAGAAGAAACCUCAGGCGUCGUGAACGCUCUUAGACAAACUUUCUUAAAGACCAAUGUUCGAACCAAUGAACAAAUCAACUAUUGUAUGAUUCAAAGUUCUGGCGGGGCCUUCGCAAUGGACUUUAACCAAGAGUUUAUGAAUUAUACAGGCCACUGCUUAGCCCACGACUUCUACGACAUGAACCAAAUGCUUGCUGACUGUGUUCUUGAUGAAAAGACUCUCAUCGAUGAAGAAGCAGCUCAAUGGAGAACUGACGAGAAGUUCAGACUUGACGAAUACAACUUGACCUUGCCAAAGAAACUCGAAAAUGUCUGGCUCAGCACUGCUUAUGGGUACAAAGGGUUCGGAAAUCCUCUUAUGGGUCACCAAGCACAUUUCCAGAGUAUAGGGUUUUAUAUGUUGAAUAAUUGGAGAAAAGCAACCAUUACUCCUGACAGAAUUGUUGUCUGGGGGGCUGGGAUUAACAAGCAUGAAGAGUUUGUUAACACUGUUGCUGAUUAUUAUCGCUUUAUUGACCCAAUUAAAGCUCCAAAAAGAGCGCCAUCAGUCUACUUAGGAGGUGAAUUCAGAGAAAUUUGUGACUCACCUUUGACUCAUGUCAGCUUGUCAUUUAAAGGAUUUUCCAGAUCCCAAAUUGAGCACAACGCUGCUUAUGUCCUUAAAUACAUCAUAGGAGAAAGCAAAACAGGACUUUUCAACAGAGCUCAUACCAAUUUCCAUCAGAAAAACCCAUGGCUCUGCUAUGUUAAGCCUCACCAUACAACUUUCGAAGACUCAGGCAAUUUCAGAAUUAACGUAGCUGCUCCUAACGAAAAGGCUGCAGAGCUAAGCGAAGUCCUCAUCAAAGAAAUCCGUGACUUGCAAAACGUGACUGACGAAGAAGUUUCUAGAGCUAAGAACAAGCUUAAGAGAAUCACCUAUAAUAAGUACCAAGACCCUGACUUCAGGAUGAAGAAACUGACCCGAGACUUCUCUCAAACAGGAAAACUUGUGAGCUAUGAAAGUUUCGAAAAAGAAAUUGAAGACGUUACCACUGAUCAAGUUAAGAAGGCAGCUGCAACUAUAUUUAAGAGCAACCCAACUCUUGUGGUUCUUGGUGGAAAUCCUCAUGGAAUCUUGACUGCCCAAACUUUCCAGGAGAAGCUUAGAUAA